AACAUAUGAUACAAUAUUUGUGUUCAAAUAAGAGGGAGUGUUGAGAGGGAGAUUUUAAAAUAGAGGGAUUCUGCAACAUAUAAAACUCCGAUUCAUUUGUAUUACUUCUGAUUUAUAUCCGCUGUACAAUCAUCAGAAUCGUUUUUGUGUGAUAUCAGAAGCUACCAGUGCUAUUCUGCAGAAAAAUCUUUAUUUAGAAGAUGAUCGCUACACUCUUUGCUUUUGCGAUUGUAACAGCACAUGUUGCAGCGGAGAUACCUUCCUAUAUUCAUGUAUGUGGUCGUAAAGAUCCAAAUUAUGAUCAAUGCAUCACAGAUAAUAUCAACAAUAUAAAGGAUAAAAUCUGCUCAGGAAUGUCGGAAUUUAACAUUCUUCCAAUUGAACCAAUUAUUAUUGAUAAAAUAAUUAUUUACGAUACAGAUAAUCUUAAGCUAUCUGUCAAAGAUAUAAAAAUAAAUGGAUUUUGCGAUUUCGUUGUAAACUUCGUUCAUACAGAUUCUGAGAAGCUUCAUUUCAAUUUUGAUGUCUUAUUCAAGCAUCUUUUCAUGAACGCCACAUAUGAUUUUGACGUACGUGUAUUGGUAUCUCUUGCUAAUAAGGGAUUAAUAUACAUUUUUUCAGAUAACGUAAGUGGGAAAAUAAAUUUAGAUUUGAACGUAGUAACAAAGGAUGGUAAAAAAUAUAUAUAUGCCUCGAAAGCAAACACAAAUCUAAAUAUUAAGACGUAUGAUUAUAAAUUUGACGACAGUGAAAAAAACAUGGUUGAAUUGCAUAAAAUCCUUUCUGAUACCAUAAAACAAAAUGAAAAAGAGAUUUUUGACAAAAUUAUACCAGCACUAGAAGAGAAAGUUUCUACAAUAAUCAUUCCACUCUUCAACAAUAUAACCUACUCUAAAUACGAGGAAUUGUUUCCCGAAGAAGUUUAAAAAAAUAAUUAAAAAAUUUUUUAAAAUUUAUUGUUGCAAAAUCUCUAUAUGUAUCUUAUGAUUCAAAUAAAAAAUUAUAUAUA